UGUGUAUGAAAAUGGUAUCUGCAGGAACCACAUUUUGCUGUUUAUUAUUAUUUUUGGUCACAGAAUGCUACCACCAGAGAUCAAAGCUCCAUCCAAAGGUUGGUGACAAAAUUCAAGGUCUGAAUGAAAAAUCAAAGACCAGGGACUUCCCAGGGCAAUGUCAAGGCAACUGUAUGAAUGGCUCCCACUGCAAACAGUUCUGUGAGACUCCCUUCCAUGGAGAAAUAGGAUUCACAUGUAAUAACAAAAGGUGGCAAAAAUCCAAUGAAACAUGCACGAGUCUAACUGUCCAAACACUUUUUCAGGAGACUAAUGGAAUUUCAAUAUAUGAACCAAGCUUAAGUGGUAGUUCACGGUUUUCUUCAGAUGUAUUAUUAAGUCCAUCUAAUGAAGAGUUCAUUGAGUCAGCAGUUGAAGGAAUCCAGAAGAAGUGUCCAGAUGAUUAUGCUUGUAUAAUCAAUAGUGUGAGAUCUUCAGAAGUUACAUCUGGAAAUAUUGCCUUCAUAGUUGAAUUGCUGAAAAACAUAUCCACACAAUUAUCUUCAAAUAUCAACCGGAGGAAGAUGCAGAGUUUCAGCACGAUGGCUAACCAUGUCCUCAACAGAUCAGCCAUUUCAAAUUGGGCCUUCAUUCCUGAAAGAACUACUAGUUCAGUUUUGCUCAAGUCAGUCAAUUCAUUUGCAGAGAAUCUCAAUAUCAGUGAUGAGCCUGAGAAUAUUGUGAAUGAGCCCUUUAUUCAGACCAAAGGCUUCAGAAUCAAUCAAAACACCCAAGGGAAGAGUUUUAAUUUCUCUAUGAGGGUACCUGAUAAUGAGGAGGAUGUACAGGGGACAGUGAUCAUCCCCUGGAAAGAGCUACAGAAACUCCCUCCUGCCUCGCAGGCCAUUAGUAUUGCUUUCCCAACCCUGGGGCAAAUUUUGGAAGAAGCUCAUUUGCACAAUGAGAGCCUUUCCAGACAGGUGAAUGGACUAGUUCUCUCAGUGAUCCUGCCAAAAAGGCUGAAACAAGUCUUCCUCACUUUUGAAAAGAUCAAUAAAUCCCACAGUGCUAAAGCUCAGUGUGUGGGCUGGCACUCUCACAAGAGAAGAUGGGUUGAGGAAGCCUGUGAAACAACAAUGGAUGUUAUGGAUAAAGCCUCUUGCCGCUGCAAUUACACCAACCUGCUGAUGUCCUUCUCCAUUCUGAUGUCUCCCAAGACCUUUCCCAAUAAAACUCUGGAUUACAUUACCUGCAUUGGUCUCAGCAUCUCCAUCUUGAGCCUUAUUCUUUGUCUGAUCAUUGAAAUCACAGUGUGGUCCCAGGUGACGGUGACAGAGAUCUCCUACAUGCGUCAUGUCUGCAUUGUGAACAUCGCCACGUCCCUCCUGAUUGCCAACGUCUGGUUCAUUGUCGCAUCAUUCUUUGAUGGCGCAGCGCGGAGUUACAGCUGGUGUGUAGCGGUGACAUUUUUCAGUCACUACUUCUACCUUUCUCUGUUCUUCUGGAUGCUGAUCAAAGCCCUCCUCAUCCUCUAUGGGAUACUGAUCGUGUUCCGCCGGAUGAUGAAGUCCACUAUGAUGACCAUAGCCUUUUCUGUGGGCUACGGGUGCCCCCUGGUCAUUGCUGCCAUUACAGUUUCUGUUACAGAACCAAGAAAAGGUUAUGUGAGGGCCCAGGCCUGCUGGCUCAACUGGGAUGACUCCAGAGCUCUUCUAGCCUUUGUCAUUCCAGCCCUGACCAUUGUGGCAGUAAAUCUGAUUGUGGUUUUUGUUGUGGCUGUCAACACUCGAAGGCCUUCUAUAGGAAGCUCCAAGUCUCAGGAUAUGGUGACCAUUAUGAGGAUCAGUAAGAAUGUUGCUAUCCUUACCCCACUGCUGGGACUGACCUGGGGGUUUGGAAUAGCCACCCUAAUAGACAGCGGCUCCUUAGUGUUCCACAUCAUCUUCUCCUUACUCAAUGCUUUCCAGGGGUUCUUCAUCUUGCUGUUUGGAACCAUUCUGGAUCAAAAGACAAGAGAAGCCUUGAAGGUGAGGAUGUCUUCCCUGAAGGGGACAUCAAAGAUAGAAGAGAAUUCAACAUAUAAUCCUAACCAUGGAUCUAAAUUAGUGGUUCGUUCACGAUGAGAAGCAUGCUUCCAGGUGAGAAGUGUUUGAAAAGAAGAUUGAAGACAAAGUGGGGCUUAUGAUUUUCUUUUCAAUUCCAUCCCCCACUGAACUGAGAUAAGAUCAGGAAGAUUGCUGCCUAAGGAAUUCUCAGCUGAGCCUAUGACCUGUCUGUGGCAUGUUGAAGCUUGUAGAGGUUAUGAAUCUGCCUGAAAAUUUCGGUGUUCUCCUUAGGAGAGGAAGAAUACUCCUGGCUUGGCUUUUUCUUGCCAAUUUCUUUCAAGGAAAUAGGGCCUUCCUUCCUAUGUAUGGAUCCCUAACUCUGCUGGGAUACAUAGGAGCAGCUGAGGUACACAGAACAUAGUUUGGGAAAAGUGAAUGCAAGAUGGUUUCUGACAAGGGGGGUACACUUGAAAAGCCCUGAUUGUUUUGUUCAGUUUUGAGUCUUUGAAAAAGGCAUUCUUGGGACCAUGGUUUCCUCACUUGUGAAGGGGGAAAAUAAUAUUAGAAGGUGCUCGUGGGGGCAUAUAAGUGUAUGUACAUACGUAUAAAUUAGUGUAUGCAGUGUUUAUAAAAAUGAUAUGCUUUUUGUUCUGUAUUAAAAAUAUACAAGCCUUC